GCUUCGCCAUGCAGAGCACAGACCUGGGCAACAAGGAGAGCGGCAAGCUGUGGCACCGCAAGCCCUCCCCGGCCGCUCGGGACGGGAUUAUAGUGAACAUCAUUCACAGCACUUGUGACUACCUUCCCAAAGUCUUGCGAUUUUUGAAUGUGGCUUUUGAUAGCUCAGGUGAUCGCUUAAUUGCUGGGGACCAUCAAGGAAAUAUCUAUGUUUUUGACUUGUAUGGAAACAGGUUUAAUCUUGUUCAGCGAACAGCACAAGCUUGCACAGCUCUGGCCUUUAAUCUCCGUAGGAAGUCUGAAUUCCUUGUGGCAUUAGCUGAUUAUUCUAUUAAAUGUUUCGAUACAGUUACCAAGGAGCUCGUUAGCUGGAUGAGAGGCCAUGAGUCAUCAGUGUUUUCGAUCUCUGUGCAUGCCUCAGGGAGAUACGCCAUCACUACUUCUUCCGACACGGCCCAGCUAUGGGACUUGGAUACCUUUCAGAGGAAAAGAAAGCUGAAUAUUCUACAGUCUGUGGGUAUCCAAAAGGUUUUCUUUUUACCAUUAAGUAAUACCAUCCUCAGCUGUUUUAAAGAUAAUUCCAUCUUUGCCUGGGAAUGUGAUACUCUUUCUUGCAGAUAUCAAUUACCAGCUCCACCUGAAAGUUCUAGUAUAUUAUACAAAGUAUUUGCCGUGACCAGAGAUGGUCGAAUCCUCGCCGCUGGAGGGAAAUCAAAUCAUCUUCACUUGUGGUGCUUGGAAGCUAAACAGCUAUUCAGAAUUAUUCAGAUGCCUACUAAAGUUCGAGCCAUCCGCCACCUAGAAUUUCUCCCUGAUAGUUUUGAUGCUGGUUCCAAUCAGGUUCUUGGAGUGCUAAGUCAAGAUGGUAUAAUGAGAUUUGUUAAUAUACAGACUUGUAAACUUCUCUUUGAAAUUGGGAGCCUUGAUGAAGGAAUUAGCUCAUCAGUAAUUAGCCCACAUGGUCGGUACAUUGCAUCUAUUAUGGAAAAUGGAAGUCUGAACAUAUAUUCAGUUCAAGCUCUAACACAAGAAAUAAAUAAGCCACCUCCUCCCUUAGUGAAAGUGAUUGAAGAUUUGCCCAAGAGUAAACUGAAUUCUGGUGACCUUAAGAUAAAAGUAACAACAGGAAGAGUACAGCGGCCAGCAAAAUCAAGGGAAAACAAAAUACAAACCAGAAUACUAAAGCAAGACCUGGCUGGUAGUUUUGAAAAUAAAGAGAUCCUGUUGCCUCAGCCUUCAGUCUCUGGCGCAUGGCUCUCAAAGGGGGAUCUUCAUUCACCAUCCUCUUGGGUUUUCCCUUCACCCCCUCUUACAUUGGACUACCUGUUUUUUAUGAAUGAGUUGUCCGAUGGCUUGAACAAAAAGCGUUUACAAGUCUUAUUAAAAGGCUAUGGUGAAUAUCCAAUGAAAUACAGAAUGUUCAUUUGGCGUUCUCUUCUACAACUGCCUGAAAACCAUACGGCAUUUAGCAGCCUGGAAGAUAAGGGUGUUCAUGUGGCAUUUCUCAACCUUCAGAAGAAAUACCCCAUCAAAAGCGGGAAACUACUCAGAGUAUUACAGAGAACCCUAUCUGCAUUAGCUCACUGGUCUGCCAUCUUUAGCGACACACCGUAUCUUCCACUCUUGGCUUUUCCAUUUGUAAAAUUAUUCCAGAACAACCAGCUCAUUUGUUUUGAAGUUGUUGCUACUCUCAUAAUCAAUUGGUGUCAACACUGGUUUGAAUAUUUCCCUAACCCUCCCAUCAAUAUUCUCAGUAUGAUAGAAAAUGUUUUGGCAUUCCACGACAAAGACCUGCUGCAGCACUUCAUAGAUCAUGACAUAACUUCCCAGCUGUAUGCAUGGCCUCUUCUUGAAACUGUUUUUUCAGAAGUACUAACAAGAGAGGAGUGGCUAAAAUUGUUUGAUAAUGUCUUUUCCAACCAUCCUUCAUUCCUCCUGAUGACUGUGGUAGCCUACAACAUAUGCUCUAGAGCUCCUUUGCUCAACUGCAGUCUUAAAGAUGAUUUUGAGUAUUUUUUUCAUCAUCGGAAUAACCUGGAUAUAAGCGUUGUCAUUAGAGAAGUCUAUCAUCUCAUGGAUACCACUCCUACUGAUAUUCAUCCCAACAGCACGCUUCAUGUCUUUGUGGCCUUGACAAAAGGGCAAUAUCCAGUAUUUAACCAAUAUCCAAAGUUUAUUGUGGACUAUCAGACACAGGAGCGAGAAAGAAUAAGGAUUGAUGAAUUGGACUACCUGAGGGAGAGGCAGAUGGUUGAAGAUAUGCAAGCUGAGGUAGACCAGCAGAGAGUUGAAGACGAAGCUUGGUACCAAAAACAAGAACUACUUCGUAAAGCCGAAGAAACGAGGAGAGAAUUGCUCUUACAGGAGGAGGAAAAGAUGAUACAGCAAAGACAGAGACUAGCUUCUGUGAAAAGAGAGCUGAAAGUCAAGGAAAUGCACUUACAAGAUGCUACACGAAGGCGGUUUCUGAAGCUGCAGCAAGAUCAGCGUGAAAUGGAACUAAGAAGACUGGACGAUGAAAUCGAGAGAAAGCUACACAUGAGAGAUCGAGAAAUUGCUACUACAGCGAAAGACCUAGAAAUGAGACAUCUGGAACUCGAAUCGCAAAAAAGACAUUAUGAGAAGAAUCUUAUUAGAAAUCAGGAAGCUGUUGCAAAAGAAAUGAGAGAAGAUGCAAAUGCCUUUAGACGAAAAGUGGAUCUUGAAGAACACAUGUUUCAUAAACUGAUAGAAACAGAUCAAACUCAGAACCAAAAAACUCAGGAGUUAAUUGAAGAAAAUUUGGCAAAAGCUGAACAAGCAUGUCUAAAUGCCGACUGGCGAAUUCAAGCUUUACAUAAACAAAGAUGUGAUGAUCUGCAGCGAAACGAGUGUUACCAGGAAGUGGCCAGACUUCUUCGGGAAAACAGAAGGAAAGAAACAGAAGUAUUGGACGCAAUGAUGGGGGAGGAAGCUAAAAAGUGGGAGGAAGCUAAAGAAAAAGACUUUCAUUUGAAAUCAGAAAAGAAAGCUUCGGCUCUCGCAGAUGCAUCUAGAAAGUGGUUUCUAGAGAAAGAGAUAAAUGAUGCUUUAGAACAUGCUGAACAUCUGUAUAGUAAAGCAGUGCCCAGCUACCCAAACGGACAGGUCGCCUCAAGCGGUGCGCCUCGGACCUCACAAUUAGAUGACAUUUCGGAAGUGGAUUCCUCGACGUGCAGUAAGUUGAUAAGCAAGAAAUCUUUCUUCCGUCAUUUAAAACACAGCGCUCAUUUAAGCAAGACUGUGGCUUGAAUUGUGUUGGCAGCAUUGCUGAUGCCAUUUUCCCAGGGAUUGAUAAUGGAAAUUCCUGAAAUGGAGAGCGCAGGGUUCUCAGCUCUUCUAGCUAGAGAACAAACUGGUCAGACCGAAACCAGGCAGCGAACAUUUGCCAGAUGAAUGUCACUGAUGUCAUUUCCUUUCUCUGAUACUAGUCGUAGGCGCCUACAGAAGUCUGUCACUAACUAAAGUAAUGAUCUUCACAACCAGUUUUGACACCCUCGUGGAGAGAAAAUCUGAGCAUUAGUUUUCAAAGCUAUUGCAUACUUGAAUUUUCUGACUCUGUUCUUCUGGACUGGGCCCUGUCCCAUAGCCACUGAAGGCAGGGGUUUUUGCCCGGGUCGCUGUGGUGGACCACCAGGGCCCCUAGCGGCCCACCUGCCCAAGACAAACAGCUUCCUGCUGAAUGGCGGACUUUUGAUCCUCCGCUUGAUUCCCUGCAAGUUUUUGUUUAUGUUUGCAAGGGACAGG